UAUGAACUUUCUCAAUUGCUCUUUACAUCUUUGAUCAAUUUCCAUUUUCUCCUCUCUCUGAAAGUAUACAAAUCCUCUCCGAUCUCCACACAAGAAAUGGCGGCUCUGAAUCUCUCUCCUCUUUUCAAAGCCCUAAACCCCCAAAUAUCCCAUUCCAAUAACCCUUCUAAAGCCCCAACUUUGCUGCUUUCUCUGUCGUACCCUCUUCCCUCGACCUCGCCGGCGCCGGCGCCGCCACUCCUCCGCUGCACCCUCACACACCAAAGCCCAUCAAGACUUCACCCGUUGAGAGCCGUCGGGGACGAAGAAUACUCAGCUAGGAGAAGCAGUAAUGAAGUAAGAGAAGCUAUUUUGCUGCCUGGCUGUGACUACAACCACUGGCUUAUAGUCAUGGACUUCCCCAAAGACCCUGCCCCUACCAGAGACCAGAUGAUCGACACUUAUCUUAAUACUCUCGCCACUGUUCUUGGCAGUAUGGAAGAAGCAAAGAAGAACAUGUAUGCUUUUAGUACUACUACUUACACGGGAUUUCAAUGCACAGUAUCUGAAGAAACAUCAGAAAAGUUUAAGGGAUUACCUGGGGUUUUGUGGGUCUUACCGGAUUCUUAUAUAGAUGUAAAGAACAAGGACUAUGGAGGGGAUAAGUACAUCAAUGGUGAGAUAAUUCCAAGCCAGUACCCUACAUACCACCAAAAGAAGUCUAAUUCCCCAAAAAACAAGAGUAGAUCAUACGUUAGAAGAAGAGAUGGUUCCCUCGAACGGCAGAGACAGGAAACUUCUUCCUAGAAGCAUACUGGUAGAUAUUCAGUUAAAGAGUCGAACUGCCUUACUUGUUAGAAAUGCCAAUGUAUGAGCACAGCCUUAAACUGGGUGGGGUAUUUUCAAAGAUGCACAAGUGCUUCUCCAUUAAUGUAGUAUUAGUUCAGUGAAGCUGUUGUUUCUCAUCUUUGAUGAACACCAACUGGCUAAUUUCAUUGUGAGUCGGCCGCCUAGACCACCACGGAUUAUGGUGAUACGCUAGGUGGCCAGUAGGCACCUAGUGCUAGGCGUCGGGAAUUUUUGCAACAUUGCUUGGGAGCCUUGCAACCGUGCUUGUAUUUGCUUCGUGUGAGUUUUCUCGAAAAUAUUGUAGCCAUGCGAAAGUCACUUGUUUGCCUGAACGAAAACCGUUAUGUAGUUUAAUUGACAUCAAACACUGUUCCCAGCACGCAGCAAAUUAAGGUUAAUUAAUGUGGAAGUUGU